UGCGCGCGCUUGCUGCCGCUCGACGAUCACUUCCGUGUUGGCGAGUCCCGACGUCACGCGGAAUGUGAAGCAGGAAACACGGAUGUGUUGCGCUUAAUCUGCAUCUACAGACGUCCUCCGAUCCAUAUGUUAAACCCAAACCACCUUUCAAGCUGAUCUGAUCCAAACGCACUGCUUCGGACGCGGACGUAACCGAGUGGAGGAAUGCCUACCGGUGUGUGUGGAUGUUGUGGUCCUCUGAGGCCACGCUACAAGCGUCUAGUGGACAACAUUUUCCCAGAGGACCCCAAGGAUGGACUGGUGAAAUCUGACAUGGAAAAGCUGACUUUUUAUGCAGUGUCAGCACCAGAGAAGCUGGACCGCAUCGGUGCGUACCUGGCCGAACGCCUCAGCAGAGAUGUGGUACGCCAUCGCUACGGGUACGUGGUAAUCGCGAUGGAAGCGUUGGAUCAGUUGUUGAUGGCGUGUCAUUCCCAGAGUAUCAAGCCGUUUGUGGAGAGCUUCUUACACAUGGUGGCCAAACUGCUGGAAUCCGGAGAACCCGAUUUACAAGUGCUGGGAACCAACUCCUUUGUGAAGUUUGCAAACAUUGAGGAGGAUACGCCAUCAUACCAUCGCAGAUAUGACUUUUUCGUCUCUCAGUUCAGUGCCAUGUGUCACUCCACACACGAUGACCCCGAAACUCGCGACAGGAUCCGUGUAGCAGGCAUUAAGGGUCUCCAGGGUGUCGUCAGAAAGACUGUGAAUGAUGAACUUCAGGCAAUCAUCUGGGAACCUCAACACAUGGAAAAACUCAUCCCCUCCAUGCUCUUCAACAUGCAAGAUAACGAGGACUCCGAGAGGUCUGGAGAGGAAAAUCCGGCUUCACUGGCGGAGAGUUGCUUUCGAGAGUUGCUGGGUCGCGCUGCUUACGGCAACAUGAACAACGCCGUGCACCCUGUACUGGUGCAUUUAGACAACCAUCAUCUAUGGGACCCGAAUGAUUUUGCUGUUUCCUGUUUCAGGAUAAUCAUGUACUCAAUACAGGCCCAGCAUUCUCACCAUGUGAUCCAGCAAGUGUUGUCCCACCUUGACACCCACAGUAAGGACACCCCACGUGUGAGGGCAGGUAUCGUUCAGGUGCUGCUGGAGACGGUUGCCAUCGCAGCCAAGGGCUCCAUCGGUCCCACAGUCCUGGAGGUGUUUAACACCCUGCUAAAGCAUCUGCGUAUGAGUGUGGAUUUUGAGCUGGGCGACGGAUCCCGCAGGAACUCCGCGAGCAGCCAUUCCUCCACCCGCACCAAAGAGAGCGAGGAGCGGAUCGUCCAGAACGCCAUCAUCCAAACCAUCGGUUUCUUUGGAGGAAAUCUUCCUGACUAUCAGAGAGCUGAAGUGAUGAUGUUCAUUAUGGGGAAAGUUCCUGUUUACGGCACGCCAUGUCACACGCUGGAUACAGUCAAGAUCGGGCAUCAGGGCACUAAGAGAAUCCAGGCAAUGCUGUUAAGUUCUCUCAUUAUGGUUACGUCAGGGUUUAAGUGUAAAACGAUGUGUGCUGGCCUGCCCGUGUCGUUUCUGGAGCCGUUAUGCUCCAUCUCUUUGAUGGAAGACAGUGAACUCCGGCAGCUCGUCUUGGAGAUUCUGCACAACAUCAUUGAUCGGCAUGACAACAGAGCCAAACUCAGAGGGAUCCGGAUUAUUCCUAAUGUAGCCGCUCUGAAGAUCAAGAGAGAAAAAAUCUCCAAACAGGAUGUGGUCUUCAUGAAAAAGCACGGGCAGCAGCUAUACAGACACAUCUAUCUGGGCUGUAAGGAGGAAGAUAAUGUGCAGAAGAAUUUUGAGCUGCUUUUCACAGCUCUGGCAUUGAUCACUAUUGAACUGGCCAAUGAGGAGGUGGUGAUUGAUCUCAUGCGCCUGUCCAUUGCCCUGCAGGAUAUGGCACUGGCCAAUGAGGAGAACAUGCCAAUGUUUAUUCGCUGUGGAAUCAUGGCACUGGUCGCCGCAUACCUCAACUUCCUCAGUCAGAUGAUUGCAAAUCCCCCUUUCUGCCAACACGUCAGCAAGGUGAUCGAGAUGAGAAAUCUAGAUGCUCCGCACCUUCUGCCAGAACAUGUCUUCAGAGAGAAGUGUGUGUUCCCAGACUCUUUAGACCGGGACGACGUUGGUUUGUAUUUUCAGACGGCUGAUCUGGCAGAAGCUCUGUCUGUACCUGGAUAUAACGUAGAGAGACUGGCCAUACCGUACAUACCGCAGGUUACAGUCCUUUACACGGUAGGAAAGAUUCUGCACAGAUGCAGACAGACAUCCAGAGAUCGACUGUCCCGUAGGAAGAGUUUUGUCGACACUAUUUCUCUCCAAGUUGACAUCCUUUCCAACAGCUUGCCUGAUCAGUCUCAGCUUGCAGAGGAGAUCACAUUUGAGACCCUGAAGAAGGCCAUUGAUACCACAGGUCUGGAGGAACAGGAGAGGGAGAGGAGACGGCAGGUGAUGGAGAAGUUCCAGAAGGCUCCGUUUGAAGAGAUUGCCGCCCACUGCGAGUCCAAGGCCAAUAUGCUGCACGAUCGCUUGGCUCAGAUAUUUGAACUCACCAUACGCCCUCCCCCGAGCCCAUCGGGCACCGUGACGGUGACGUCAGGCCACGCCCAGUACCAGUCUGUGCCAGUCUACGAAAUGAAGUUCCCUGACCUCUGCGUGUACUGAACCACGACCUUUCACCUUAACUGUAUCACACAGACUCAACCUUGACAUGUGACCGCUGACCUUAAUCACACUUUGUUUGGUCCUAUGACCUCAAACUCACCUGAGCCACUCAUCUUCAUUAGACACCUUUCAAUAUGAACGUCGCUUACAUUCAUGUCCAGCAGAAAGACUGGACGAGCAGUUCAUGCCUCCAUUCUGCACCAGCCAGCACGCAGAGCUUUACAACCAGCUGUCCAAUCAUACACCAGCUCUAUAGAAUCAUGUGAAUCAUAUAUGUGUGGUUUUCAGUUUGAUUCUUGCACUAAACGGCAGCUCCAAGAAUCAAACAGAGUCUUUUAAACACUUGAUUCUUCAGCCUUUUAAUCUAUUGCUUCAUAGGAGUCAUUUAGAAAUGACUGGCUCUGGAUUUAUUAAGGGAACUUAAUUGCUAGCAUUAGCUUAAGUGCUAGUUUAUGUUCAUUAACUCUCAUUUCUAAGCCAUCAUCAGCAGAGAAAUUUGAACAUAGAAUAGAUUUCGUCUUGCUUAAAUCUCUCCUAUAUAAAUGAUUAUAGUGUAUAGUAUUGCAGAGUAUAGUAUAGCCUAUUUUUGACAAAUACACAUACUUUUAGAUGAAAUGAUUGCUGAUAGAUGCAGAGUGUUAUUUGUGUUCUGUUUGCAUGGCUUAGCCAAUGUUUCAGUGCAAACGUUUGUGAGUUUAGGUCUUUAUUAUUCUACAGUUAGCCUUUAACUUCAAUGUUGUGGAUGUCAACGGGGCUUUUGUUCACCCAGAGUUCUUAGUGAUCACUAUGCUCUCCAUUUUGCCUUCACUGUAUAGAGAAACCAAAACAUUUGCUUUUCAUCACCAAAGAGCUCCGCCCACGCACUUCCUUUAUGGCCACACAUGGCCGCCAAUCAGAAAGUGAAUCCUCAGAAAGUGAAAGGGCAUGAACUAAAACCUUCUUGAAUUAAAACCUCAGAACAGUUGCUAGAAAAUCGGGAGCUGAAAAUAUAUGUAUUAUCAGUGAUAAGAUGAUCUGCAUUCAUCAACCAGACGGUUCUUUUUUUUUUUUUUUUUUUUUUUUAAGAGCCAAAAGGACGUUUAAAUGUUUUUUUGCUUUUCAGGUGACUUCAUUCAUGUACCUUGGACAAAAAAAAAAAAAAAAGUGUGACUGUAAGAUGCUGAAAUACUUUUGCUGGAAAUGUUUCACAUCAUUUGAGCUUCCUGUGGUGAGAGCUGUGAUCAAUUUCAGUUGAUUUUAGCUGGUAGAAACAUGUCUGUGCGGGACCAUUUAGGACAUUUUGGUUGAUCCUGAGGUGCUUUUCAUGGAUUCUGUUGGUAUGUUGUCAAAUGAUUGCCUUGUCUUUGUUUUCUGAAUGUGUUUAUGUGGAUGGACCGCCAAGUGAGCAAACACAAAUUGGGCGCAUUUGUAUGCUGAUUAUGGAUUCUGUAAUGAUGAUGAAAUGCUGUUGCCAUUUUUGGGGGUUGUGAAAUGUUUCAGUGGUCCAACUAUUUGUGUCCAGAGACUUGCACUGCAUUGUGGGAUUUGUAUGCACAGAAGGUAAAGAAUGAAUGUAUUUAAAGGUCAGACCUCACAGAUAGCUUGUUCUAAAUGCUCAAUAGGAUCGAUUUCAUGUCUGCUAUAAUUUCCAUAAAUUGAUGGCUAUAAAAUGGCAGAUUAACUGCCUUGAUUCUGAUCUGUCUUGUUGAUUGAAGAAAGUCAGAAGUGUGAAAGGAAGGAUUUCAAUGACAAAAUGUUGGUGGACUGGAAAUAGUCAGUAGUUGACCUUUGGCCGUUGUGUAUUUCUCUUGGUAACUUGCUGCAUUUCAAUAGAAGUUGCUUUGCAACAAUAUGCGUAAAAACUAUUUAAUGCUGUGAUGAAAUAAGAAACAUUAUUUCUGUGGAAAUAUAAAACCAUAAAUAAUUUCUAGAUUAAUGCAAUAUUUUUUUGGUGUAAUAUAAAAUAGGAAUGUGUUGUUUGAAACAUCAUCUGUAAUGCACCUUUAGAGAUUUGUGUGUGUGUGUCUGUGUAUGCGUGUCAAAGGGAUACUUUUUUUUUUUACAUCAGUGAAGGGAAAUCUUGUUAAGGGUCUUACUGUAACUGCUAAGAUAAUUUUUAGUGUAAUUCACUAUCUGUUUUUUUUUCAUCCUCAAAGGAACUUUACGGUACUUUAGCAUUUAUCACAUGGUUUGUCUGAAACUUAUCUUUAGUUCUGUUUUAUCUAUAAUUGUAACUUUUUUUUCUGUAUUUAUGGGACAGAAGGGAAAAAUAUGUUAGGUUGAUGAUGAUGUGUCAGUAUGAACAGAAAUGGUUUUGUGGUCUUCCAUGUGAAGAUAGUCCAGGGCAUAAGCAUGUGUUCAUGCAUCAGGCUAGAUUUGAAAUGUGUAAUGGUAUGAACCACUGCAGUGUUGCUACAGAUAUUAAAAAAGUUACCAUAAAAUCUCCAGGUGUUAAUUAGCCAUAUCAAGGUUCGCCACAUUAAUGUGCAAUGGGAUUUUAUGUACGAGAUCUUAAAGUCUUAAUAAAUAUUUUGUAUUUUAA